CUGGGGGCGGGGAGGCGUGCGGGGAGCCGGAGGAAGGCGCGGGAGGCGUGCGGGAGAGCGGAGCCGCGCGGGCUGGCGCGCCGGGGAGGGAUCCUGGGAGGAUAUGGGAAGCAAUGGCCAUUGACUGUGGGGUGAGGGAACAGGCAAGAGGGUCGGAGUGGGGAAGUGAGGGAGACCCAGGAUUGAGAAGAGAGGCGGGGGUGCCCCUGGAGGCUGGUGGGAUUUGCCCCUGGGUGUGUUGGUUUGCAGUGUGGGGUGCAGAUCUGUGGAGCAUAGGCCUGGGGUUUAGGGGUGAGGGUGGAAUGCGGAGUAGCUGCUGGGCAAACAGUAUGUGCCAGGGUCCUGGGGAGAGGCGGGACUGUGAAGCGUCCCUGCUUCCCACCCCUCAGGAAAAAGUAGGAGUAAGUCUGAAACCCAGGAAGGGUACCUUCUCCCCGCAGAGGUGCGGGGUCUAGGCUGUGGUUUGGAUGUCAGAGUACUCAGGCGCCUGCCAUCCAUAUUUCUUCAGGUUUAUUUGUCUGUCUGUCUUUCUCAGGUUGGUAUCUCUCUCUCUCUGCUUUUCCUCCUCUUCCUCUCCCCUUUUCUCCUCUUCUCUCCUCUCCUCUUCCUCCUCUGCCCUCCUGUGGGUCUUAGGUUCUAUCCCUCCUCACACUUGGAAAUUCAGCCCCCCAUGAAAUCCAAGCUGGACUGCCAAGGCAGUGAAACUGUUAGCUCAACACUGAAGAUGAUAGAUCAGUCAUCUGGGGAUUUUUCUCAGCAUCUCUAAGAAUCUCAUACAGGGUUCUUAAUGUGCAUUUUGGCUUCCUUUUUGCUCACACUUAACCUUCUCUGCUUCUUCAGGAAGAGUCUCAGGCUUACUUGGAUUCUCAGGCCCUGCUUGGGAGAACGCAUACAACCUGACUACCAGAGAUAGCAGUAGUUCAGUUUCAUUUUUAAGAACUUCCUUUCAAGAACGAGGAUAAGAGAGCAUACAAAAUACAGUGUUUUUGUUAAUUUUCAGCAGGACAGAUUGAUUCACUUUGGAGCUGUAAGUACUGAUGUAUUAGGGUGCAGCGCUCAUUGUUCAUUGACGCACAGAGUCCCAAAAUGAAUGUCCAAGAGCAGGGUUUCCCCUUGGACCUUGGAGCAAGUUUCACUGAAGAUGCCCCCCGGCCCCCGGUGCCUGGUGAGGAGGGAGAAUUGGCAUCCACAGACCCACGGCCUGUCAGCCACAGUUUCUGCUCUGGGAAGGGUGCUGGCAUUAAAGGUGAGACAUCAACCGCGACUCCAAGGCGCGCGGAUCUGGACCUGGGUUAUGAGCCCGAGGGCAGCGCUUCACCCACCCCACCGUACUUGAAGUGGGCCGAGUCCUUGCACUCCCUACUGGAUGACCAAGAUGGGAUAAGCCUGUUCAGGACUUUCCUGAAGCAGGAGGGCUGUGCCGACCUGCUGGACUUCUGGUUUGCCUGCAGUGGCUUCAGGAAGCUGGAGCCCUGUGACUCAAAUGAGGAGAAGAGGCUGAAGCUGGCAAGAGCUAUCUAUCGAAAGUAUAUCCUUGAUAACAGUGGCAUCGUGUCCCGUCAGACCAAGCCAGCCACCAAGAGCUUCAUAAAGGACUGUAUCGUGAAGCAGCAGAUUGACCCUGCCAUGUUUGACCAGGCCCAGACAGAAAUCCAGGCCACCAUGGAGGAGAACACCUACCCCUCCUUCCUCAAGUCCGAUAUUUAUUUGGAGUAUACAAGGACAGGCUCAGAGAGCCCAAAGGUCUGUAGUGACCAGAGCUCUGGGUCAGGGACAGGGAAGGGCAUAUCUGGAUACCUCCCCACUUUAAACGAGGAUGAGGAAUGGAAAUGUGACCAAGACUUGGAGGAGGACGGUGGAAGAGACCCUAUUCCACCCAACAGGCUCACUCAGAAGCUGCUCCUGGAGACAGCUGCCCCGAGGGCCUCCUCCAGUAGACGGUACAGCGAAGGCAGAGAGUUCAGGUAUGGAUCCUGGAGGGAGCCAGUCAACUCCUGCUACGUCAAUGCCGGCUAUGCCCUGGCCCCAGCCACCAGCGCCAAUGACAGUGAGCAGCAGAGCCUGUCCAGUGACGCGGACACCCUGUCCCUCACAGACAGCAGUGUGGAUGGGAUCCCGCCAUACAGGAUCCGCAAGCAGCACCGCAGGGAGAUGCAGGAAAGUGUGCAGGUCAACGGAAGGGUGCCUCUCCCUCAUAUCCCUCGUACCUACCGAGUGCCAAAGGAGAUCCGUGUGGAGCCGCAAAAGUUUGCUGAGGAGCUCAUCCACCGUUUGGAGGCUGUCCAGCGCACUCGGGAAGCUGAGGAGAAACUGGAGGAGCGGUUGAAGCGCGUGCGAAUGGAGGAGGAAGGUGAUGAUGGCGACCUCUCCUCUGGCCCACUGGGGACAAGUCACAAACUGCCUCCUGUCCCUGCCUGGCACCAUUUCCAACCCCGCUAUGUGGACAUGGGCUGCGCUGGGCUUCGGGAUGCACACGAGGAGAACCCUGAGAGCAUUCUGGACGAGCAUGUGCAGCGGGUCCUCAGGACACCUGGCUGCCAAUCGCCUGGGCCUGGUCACCGCUCCCCUGAUGGUGGGCACAUGGCUAAGAUGGCAACAGUGCUUGUGGGCGGAACCUCUGGGCACAGUAAACAUCUGCCUAAGUCAGCGGCGAAGCUGGACACGGCUGGCCUGCACCACCAUAGGCAUGUGCACCACCACGUCCACCACAGCACAGCCAGGCCCAAGGAACAGGUCGAGGUUGAGGCCACCCGCAGGGUUCAGGGCAGCUUCACAUGGGGCCCAGAGCCACAUAGCCACGGAGCCAAGCCCCGCAGCUACUCAGAGAGUAUGGGUGCUGCCCCAGGCGCCGGUGACAGCCUGGCCCACAGUGCGAAAGCAGGCGUGCCCUCCAAAAGAAAUGCCAAGAAGACUGACUCGGGGAAGGGCGCUAGUGUUGAGGUGCCUGGGCCCUCUGAGGACGCAGAGAAGAACCAGAAGAUCAUGCAGUGGAUCAUCGAGGGCGAGAAGGAGAUCAGCAGACACAGGAAGGCUGGCCACGGGUCUUCUGGGGCAAGGAAGCCACAGGCCCAUGAGAGCUCCAGGCCUGUGUCCCUUGAGCGCCCUGGGGCCGUGCACCCCUGGGUUGGCACUCAGCUCCGGGCCUCUGUGCAGCCCUCCCACCUCUUCAUCCAAGACCCCACAAUGCCACCCCACCCAGCCCCCAACCCACUGACGCAGCUCGAGGAGGCCCGCCGGCGCCUGGAGGAGGAGGAGAAAAGAGCUAGCCGGCCACCUUCCAAGCAGAGGACGAAAUCACAGAGGAAGACAGGCGGCGGGAAUGCCCAGGCUUGCGACAGCAUCGUGGUGGCUUACUACUUCUGUGGGGAGCCCAUCCCCUACCGGACCCUGGUGAGGGGCCGUGCAGUCACCCUGGGCCAAUUCAAGGAACUGCUGACCAAAAAGGGCAGCUACAGAUACUACUUCAAGAAAGUGAGUGACGAGUUUGACUGUGGAGUGGUAUUUGAGGAAGUUCGAGAAGACGAGGCUGUUCUGCCUGUCUUUGAGGAGAAGAUCAUUGGCAAGGUGGAGAAGGUGGACUGACCAGCUCUGUGCCAUAAGAACACACCAUUGCAGCACAUAGCCUGUCAGAACCAGGGGCCACGGCUCGACACCUAUGGCUCAAGCGGCUAAGGCGCCAGCCACAUACACCUGAGCUGGCAGAUUCGAAUCUAGCCCGGGCCCACCAAACAACAAUGACGGCUGCAACCAAAAAAAAAAAAAAAAUAGCCGGGCUUUGUGCCAGGUGUCUGUAGUCCCAGCUACUUGGGAGGCGGAGGCAGGAGAAUCACUUGAGCCCAGGAGUUAGAGGUUGCUGUGAGCUGUGAUGCCAUGGCACUCUACCAUGGAGUGGUAGAGCUUGAGGCUCUGUCUCAAAAAAAAAAAAAAAAAAAAAAAACAGGGGCCAUCCUUACGUGUGCAGCAGAUGCGGGCACAGGGCAGUGCCAGGUGUGCUAUAUCUAUAUCUGGGUGGGCAGGGCCUCUGAGUGUCCUCUACUGAGGACAGCCCCUCAUGCCCCACACCAUGCUCAGAGAGCCUGGCCCUGCUGCUGGCCUCAGGCAGCCCACUGGCGCUCACAUGUGGGUGUCCAUUCUCCCUCUGGGACUUCCCUGUUCUGGUUCAGGCUCAGCCCCAGGCCUGGGUGCAGGGGGCCUACAGGGGUCUCUGUAAAUUGUACAUGUCACCGAGUGCCUUUAACACAGCGUGUCUCUUCCUGCCACUGUGUGAACCCAGCGACAGAGCACCUGUGCUUCAGUCUCCAACUGCACUGCUCAGUGGUCCCGGGUCCCCGCCUUCUGAGGGCCGUGUAAAUAUGUACAUUUCUCAGGCCAGGGCCAGCAGGGGGCUGCCCGAGCCCGUUUUUCAUGCAAUGAUGUGUACAAUUAAUUAUCUUUACAAAGGUACUUGGAUAAUAAUGAAAUAAAACACUUUUGAACCUA